AUGUCCAGCCGUGUGAGCUGGCUUCUGCUGUAUCUGGCAGUCGUCAGCCUGUAUAUCCUGCCAUCAUGUGUUGUAUCUUCUGAGCUGUCACCAAUCUCAUCUGGAGAGUCAUCUUUUGAACUAUCUCAUAACGUCUUACUAUCAACGUCAAGCAAACACAAUGUUGAGACAAUCAGUAAGAAAUUGGAAUGCCCAAGUUCUUGCCCGGAGUGUCCAGAGCCAGAAUGUGAGCUGACAGUCUUGGAUCAGUGCAAUUGCUGUCCGGUCUGUGUACGAUCCGCCGGUGAAACAUGCGGAGCUUCAGCUGGAGUUUGUUCAGCAAAUUUAAUGUGUCAACAACUCAAUGAUAAUGAUGAGUUUGGAAAAUGUGUAGAUACAUCAUCAAGUUGCUUAAAAGCAAACUGUUCCGUUGUGUUCCACCCAAGCUGUCCUUUUGAUUCUCGUCUAGUCAUUUUACCACCUCCUGCUGGGGAAUGUUGUGGACAACCAGGCACAUGUCAUUGUGAUCAACAGAAAUGCGAAUCACUCGUGCCCACUUGUGAAGAUGGAAAGGAGCGAGUACUCGUAGAAGAUGGACGAGCAGAACCAGGAAGAUGCUGCGAUAUUUUCGAAUGUAGAGAAAAACAAUCAGAAUGUGCUUCUGUCCACUGUCCUCCAUUACCGUUAGAUGAAAACGAAGGAGUUGAAUGUCCGGCUGAUAGUGUCCGACCAGCAGAACAUGUUCCUCUUGGAGGAUGUUGUCCUGUUCGCCCAGGAUGUCGCUGUAGAGCUUCUGAGUGCAGACCAGCAGUUUGCCCUGAAGGGAAAAAAUUGAAAAUAGUCCGCAAAGGCAAUGGAAAUCCAGGGCGAUGUUGUGAUGAAUGGAAAUGUGAUGACGAUGAGAAAGCUUUGGGAAAAUCAUGUGAACGGGACGGUAAAGUAUAUUCUGAUGGACAAGAAUGGAUGUCAAAUGCUUGUGAUCGUUGUAAGUGUAAGAAAGGAGUAACAGCUUGCAGUAAAAUGACGUGCCCUAAAACACCAGUGGAUUGUACAUGGGUUAUGAUUCCUGAGGAUGAAUGUUGCCCUGUGUGCGUAGGAUGUAGAACAGAUAAAAUGGAGAAAAUCAGGAAGAAUGAAACUUGGCAGAAAGACGACUGUACGACAUGUACGUGCUCUGAAGAAGGAACCGCAUCAUGCGAAAAGUAUAUGUGUACGGUUAGCUGUGAAAAUCCACGAAAAAUCGAAGGCCAGUGUUGCCCUGUAUGCGAUGAACCUACAGUGUUUACAUUACCUGCCACUUGUCCUUCACUAGAUCAUUGCCCAUUAAGAUGUGAAAAUGGAUUGAAGCGAGAUGAUCGGGGCUGUUUUGAGUGUAGCUGUUUACCUGAUGAACAUCCCAAAAGCAUAGAUUGCCCAGAACUCAGUAAAGAGACCUGUGAUAAACAAUGUGCACAUGGUUAUUUGAAGGAUGCAGCAGGCUGCGGAGUGUGCAGAUGUGCUAAAUGUCCCCCUCUUCAUCAAUGCUUUAAGCAUUGCCUGUACGGUUUCGAAACUAACUCCGUCGGGUGCCCCGUCUGCAAAUGUCGAACCAUGUCCCGUAUCGAGGCAAAACUGACCAUCACGGACAAAAUAGGCAAACUCACUGGUUGGGAUAAGUGUAUUUCCAUGACAAGAAAUGGUAAAGUCAUUGAACGAGAUGGUGGUGAAUGGUGGAAUGAUGGCUGCCGGCAUUGCUUCUGUGAACAGAAACAGGAGUUCUGUUCCCUUAUCUCAUGUCCUCCAAAACCUGACGACUGUGAUGAAUCCAAUUGGAUUCUUAAAGAAGGUUCGUGCUGUUCUUCAUGCUCAGCAGAAGGAACAACAACUGAUAUCGUGAACAAGCAUGAACAUACAGUUUGUCAAUCACCCGGAACUGGACGUUUAUUCACUGAUGGAGAAACUUGGCAACUUGCUCCUUGCAUCUCAUGUACAUGUCGUGUCGGAUACGUUCUGUGUCAUACAAUUGAAUGCCCUCCUAUAGCAUGCAAAAGUCCAGUUCUUCUUCCAAACGACCAGUGUUGUCCUAGAUGUCCAACUGACAAUUCCACAUCAUUAAUGGCAUCUAAAACAGAUACUUCUAGUGUAUGUACAGAUGAGAAUGGAGCCGUACAUAAGCAAGGCUCUGAUUGGCGUACAGAUGAUUGUACAUCAUGUACAUGCAUGAAAGAUGGAAAUGUUGUUUGUUUCCGUGAGUCAUGUGACAAUAUCUCAGUUUGUAGUGGAACUCCUCUAGUCAUCAAGGGACGCUGCUGUCCGAUUUGUUCGGAUGUGUUGUCCUCUACCGAUGUUUGUACAUAUGAAUCUUCUGUAUAUUCUGUAAAAGAAGAGUGGAAGGAUGGUGAUUGCAUGAAAUGCUCAUGCGUAACUGGUGGACAAACGAUUUGUAAAGAAACUGUCUGCCCCCCAUGCGUAGAUCCAGUACCCAUUGAUGGCCAAUGUUGUCCUUUAUGCAAAGACGUGGGACCAUUAUCUCUCAGUGAAGGAAUAGGAGGCUCUGUCAACCAGCCUAGCAGCGUUAUCAGUGUCCCAUUCAUUACUCUGACCUUUUUAUCAUUUUGUAUUAUAUUUGGUUUACUAAUUCUGCUUCUGAUUCUCUACAGGAGAAGCCGCUUAAACAGCAAGCCUCAUAUGAUCAAAGAUACAUCUGUUCGGCUAUCAGCUACAAAGCAUAUUGGAUCUUCACCACAUUUGGAGAAUUGGUCUGGAAAGCCUCGUCACAAUUCUCAUUCAGAUGAUCAAUCCGAAAGCCUCUUGUCCACAGCUUCUGAAACGUCAACAGCAGUUUCAUCAUUGUCGUCAGGAGUUGGACCACAGCCAGAUACAAUUCCCUUGACGACACGCACCGGAGGUCCCUCCUCCAAGCAUCAUGCUUUUAAUGUAUAA